AUGCUUCACUCACUUCUCCUUUCCCUUGUCUUCCCUCUCUCUCUUUUCAGAUUAAAGAAAAUCCAGAUGGGGUGCAAGUGCUGCAAAAUGAUACAAAGCUACAUUUUUGAUCCACAAGAAGCACAAUCACCUGGAUGCAUUCAUGAAGUAAACAGCUAUAAACACAAUGAGCAAGGCAGCGAUAACCCCAAAUUCCAAGAGAACAGUGAAAUUCAAGAACAUAAAAGUGAACUUCAGAAGGAUGAGCUAAACAGAACAGAAAAUCAAAAUCAGGUAAACAGCACAAAUGAAACUCUCUGGAAGCAUGGAGGCAAUGAUUCUCCAGAGGGUAGCCUUCUAAAAUGUGUUGUGAAGCCUAAUGUUGCAGUCAACGGUGGCAACUCCUGUGCCAGAGUGCACUCUGUGCUCAAUCCCAACGCAAACCCAGGAAAGGAAGCCAGUGAACAGGGAGCCUCCACCCAGUCAGAGGCCUUCUCAGCCAGAAAUAGAGACUUUUACACCAAAUCAAACAGGUCUGGCCAUAAACUUGAUGCAGAGACAAGCAGGCAGGUGAAGGCAGCCUCCAAUGAGCCAAACAGUAUUCAAGAGAAGAAUCUGGGAUCUACAGAGGAUAAUGUCUUCCUCACAGGAAGUGCAAUACUGGAGACACAAAACAAUGUCAUUCAACUGCCAGAUGUUGACUACCCCCAAAACAAGAGUCAAGCCAGGAGCUAUGUUGAAAAAGACAGCUUUUCAGUCAGUUGUGGACAUUCACACCAAACUACUGGGCCUUCAGCAAUACAGGACCAGGACCUUUGUGUAACCUCACCUUCACUUGUGAAGGAGAACAGUAUUGACUCUUUAAAAACUGACCCCACGAGUCUAAGUGAGGGCAUUACUGCUGGUACCACUGCUAUGGCUGUUAGCAAAGCAGCACAGAUACCCACACACUCCAACCACAAAGACUUCAAUGGAGAAACUGAGGAGGAGGAGGAGGAGGAUGCAGAAGUUGCAGCAGCUCUGGCUGCACUGGAAGCUGCAACUGCAGGGGAAGACCUGGAAGAUGAUGAUGAGUACUAGAUGAAGUUUCUUUCUAAUACACUGUGUAAGAUCCAGCAUUUAUUUCUGGAUCUAUAAGAACACAUGUAAAGCACAUGUGGACAGCUGUUAUGAACAGCAUAUAUUUAAGGAGCUGGGACUAAAUCUCUGUUCCUUCAGUUGUUUUGUACAGCCUUUUAAUUUCUAUUGCCCAAGGUACAGAACUGCUCCACUGGCUAAUGAUUAUAUUAACAGUCAUUUUCUCUGUGGGGCCAUCCAGGAAGGCAUAAUUUCUUCCACGCAGGACAUUCUGCUGUAUGCCCACCUCACUUGGACUAAUGCAAAUAGUUCCCUUGGCUUUGAACCUCAAGAGGCUCUGCAAACACUGCAAGUUAGAGGUUCAGAAAAUCCUCCUUUAUUUAAGGCAGAACUAUAGAAACCAUGGAAUUAGAAACCACAGAUUUUCAUGUUAGCACAUAAAACAUAAUAUCUGACCAAAUGUUCUAUGAUCUAAUGAAGUAUGAAAUAGGGGAAGGCAGCUUGGCUUGAACUUCAGUACAGUUACAGUUCCAUUCCAGAUUAAGCCUAAAGCUGUGUAUGUGCAGCUGGUGUCAGGAUGAUAACCUCAUUCCUUCCCUUCCCUUUCCCUGAAUAGCAGAAGCCUAACCAAAAUCAAGAGAGUAACUUUCUGUUGUUUUAAUAAGCUCAAGAAGCUCACUGAAAAACUGCACACACAGUAUCCAAGGAGAUGGCAAGUGAUCAAAACUCGAUCCUAUCAGGAUAGAUUAAAACAGCUGUAAAACUACAACCUGAAACCUCUCAAAUCUGCAAAAAAAUUCCAGGCACACACCACUUGCCUUCACACCACAGUCUACAUACAAGUUUUGUCUCAACCCCAGCAAGAGAGUGACAGCCAGUAUGGACACCUCCCCGUCUCUCCUGCUGUCCUUAAACUUCCAUCAGGAAAGGGAUCAAGAUUCCAAGUUGAAUUAAGCCUAAGACCUGAAAAACAUCAGCUGCAUUCUUUGAAUGUUUACUCUGCUUCUGAUCUUCAGACUAGUAUGUCAACCUUUCUUGUGGGAGGAAAAUAAAGGCAGGUAGUUCAUAAAAUCUAGAUUCUGAUGGUUGAAAGUGCUCCACAUUUUGUAAUGAAAUUCUGUGGUUUCUCAGUUUAUGUUAUAGACUCAAUAAAUUUUU